UCUCCCUUGAGUAUUUGAUACUCUAUAGAGAGUAAAUAAACUAACUGUCAUCAAAUAUUCAUAAAAUUCGAAAUUUUACAAAACCUGAUAAGAUAACAUAGUUCCCUACGAAAACUCUUCAAAUAUCGGCGGUGGUGGCGCUAAAUGUCGAAGACAUUGCUACGAAGAACAUUAGUAGCUUUGCAUUACUCCUACAAUUAAGACGAACGCGAAAGACGGACGCUAUCCCCAAAAUGGAUGAGUCAGAUUUUUCGAUAUUUAAAAAGAAUUCGAGCCGAAAGUCGAAACAUGACAAGGCUGAUGCCACCCGCGCCACUGGCAACAAUUCUCAAAAUGCCAAUGACCCGUGGAACAACCAAGCGGAGGAUGCAAUUAAGAAGGUCAUUAUUUCCAGGCCCACCGAUGAAGAUGAGUAUAAUUGUUUUAAUCCCAAUGCUGGCAUUGCUUUGAUCUUUAAUCACAAAGAUGUCAAAGGACAAAAGCAACGUGCAGGCACCGAAAAAGAUAGAGAUGCCAUGAUAGCAACACUCCUUAAUUAUGGUUUUGAUGUGCGCGUCUAUGAUGAGCUGACAUUUGCUGAGGUCAGCGAGAAGUUAAAAGCAACUGCCCAAGAAGAUCAUAGCCAAAAUGAUUGCCUCAUAGUAGUUGUUAUGUCACAUGGCCUUGAGGGUAAGGUUUAUGCGAAGGACAUGUCCUAUCCUGUUGAACGUUUAUGGAAUCCUUUUCUGGGUGAGAACUGCAAGUCGCUCAUAAAUAAGCCCAAAUUAUUUUUCAUUCAAGCCUGUCGUGGAGAAAAUCUUGAAAAAGCUGUCACCUUCACAGAAUUUGCACCCAUGUCCAGGCAAAUUGAAGCCGAUGUGAUACCCCCAAAACCGCCAACUAUAACGUAUGCCAUACCAAAUACUGCCGACAUGUUGGUUAUGUACUCGACUUUUGAAAAGUACUACUCCUUCCGUAAUGUGGAAAAUGGUUCAUGGUUCAUUCAAAGCCUGUGCUCUGUCUUCGAUGAAGCUGCUGCGAAUGAAGCUCUCUCACCCAAAGGUGCUGAAUUUUUAAGACUUCUGACUGCGGUCAAUCGUAAAGUAGCCUAUGAGUAUCAAUCGAAUGCUAAAAACGAGGCCCUCAAUCAAAUGAAGGAAAUGCCGAACUUUUUAUCAACAUUGACCAAAACAUUUUAUUUGCGAGUAAAACGCCGCAGCAAAACAUCAGACUAGAGGAGUCUUUUUUUAGAAUAGACACAAGCAUAGCGUAAAUAAACCAACAAACAUAUGCACAGAAAAGAACAAAAAAGAAAAUAUUAAAUUAUUAAAAGAAAAAAAGUAAUAAAUAUACAUGUAUCGAUGCCAAC